AUGACCAAGAGGAAGCCAAGGGCGGGAGAAAUCUUGCUUGACAUAGCCAAACAAGUUGGACUGACGAAAGAAGAAAGGAAAGAUAACUUGGAAGGCAACCUAAGAUCACUCUUGAAAAGAAAAAGGUAUGUUAUCCUCUUAGAUGACAUUUGGAAUGUUGAAAUUUGGGAUGAUCUAAAACUUGUUCUUCUUCCUGAAUGUGAUUCAAAAAUUGGCAGUAGGAUAAUUAUAACCUCUCGAAAUAGUAAUGUAGGCAGAUACAUAGGAGGGGAUUUCUCAAUCCACGUAUUGCAACCUCUAGAUUCAGAGAAUAGUUUUAAACUCUUUACCAAGAAAAUCUUUACUUUUGAUAAUAAUCAUUCAGUUGACUUGGUAAAUAUUGGUAGAAGUAUAGUUGGUAGAUGUGGUGGUAUACCACUAGCCAUUGUGGUGACUGCAGGCAUGUUAAGGGCAAGAGAAAGAACAGAACGUGCAUGGAACAGGUUACUUGAGAGUAUGAGCCAUAAAGUUCAAGAUGGAUGUGCUAAGGUAUUGGCUCUGAGUUACAAUGAUUUGCCCAUUGCAUUAAGGCCAUGUUUCUUGUACUUUGGUCUUUUCCCCGAGGACCAUGAAAUUCGUGCUUUUGAUUUGACAAAUAUGUGGAUUGCUGAGAAGUUGAUAGUUGUAAAUAGUGGCAAUAUGCGAGAAGCUGAAAAUUUGGCGGAGGAUUUCCUAAAUGAUUUGGUUUCAAGAAACUUGAUUCAAGUUGCCAAAAGGACAUAUGAUGGAAGAAUUUCAAGUUGUCGCAUACAUGACUUGUUACAUAGUUUGUGUGUGGAUUUGGCUAAGGAAAGUAACUUCUUUCACACCGAGCACAAUGCAUUUGGUGAUCCCAGCAAUGUUGCUAGGGUGCGAAGGAUUACAUUCUACUCUGAUAAUAAUGCCAUGAAUGAGUUCUUCCGUUCAAAUCCUAAACCUACGAAGCUUCGUGCACUUUUCUGUUUCAACAAUAACAGUUGCCUAUUUUCUCAUAUGGCUCACCUUAGUUUCAAAUUAUUGCAAGUGUUGGUUGUAGUCACGUCUCGAGAUCGUUAUCAGCAUGUAAUUACUAUCCCAAACAAAAUUGGGAACAUGAGUUGCCUACGCUAUGUGCGAUUGGAGGGGAGAAUUAGAGUAAAAUUGCCAAAUAGUAUUGUCAAGCUCAAAUGUCUAGAGACCCUGGAUAUAUUUCAUAGCUAUAGUAAACUUCCUUUUGGUGUUUGGGAGUCUAAAAAAUUGAGACAUCUUUGUUACACAAAAGAAUGUUACUGUGUCUUUAUUUAUAUUGUAUUGUUUGACUAA